UCCGCUAGGGGUGGAUGUAGCAUCAGAGCAAGCGGAAGUUUGUAGAAGGUUGCGCUUAAUGUGGGCAUGUCGUUUUUUACAAUAUUUACAAUGAGAAGUAGCAUAACACAAUGGCUUUCAGCGAUUCAUUUUCUGAUAUGCUCGGUAAUUUUGGCUCUUUCUCUGAGAUCGCAUUCGGCUCUGGCUAGUAGGAACCACGUCAGAGUCAUUACUGACGACAACUGGGAAGAAAUCCUGCAGGGCGAAUGGAUGAUAGAAUUCUAUGCCCCCUGGUGUCCUGUAUGCCAGCAGCUUCAGCCAGUAUGGAGCGAGUUUGCAGAGUGGGGAGAUGAUAUGGGUGUUAGUGUCGCCAAGGUGGAUGUCACAGAGCAGCCAGGGCUGAGUGGCCGAUUCAUCAUCACAGCCCUUCCUACUAUUUAUCACUGUAAAGACGGCAUGUUCCGCAGGUAUCGGGGUGCACGGACUAAAGAUGAUUUUCUCACUUUCAUUGAUGAGAAGAAGUGGCAAGAUAUUGAGCCAGUGUUGUCGUGGUUUGGCCCUUCCUCAUUUCUGAUGAACACAAUGUCAGCUCUCUUCAAGCUUUCAGUGUUUAUACGGCAUUGCCACAAAUACCUCACUGAGAAGAUGGGGAUUCCAGUGUGGGGAUCAUACACCAUUUUUGCACUGGCCACCCUUUUAUCUGGUCUAGGCCUGGGACUGGUUCUGGUAUUUAUUGCAGACUGUGUCUUUCCAUCCAAACGAUAUACCUCCCAAAACUACUACCAAAAAACACCAGAGAAAGCUAAACUGUUCAAGCAACUGCAGGAUGAACAUGAGGCUGAUGGGGAAGACGAAGAUGAAGAAGAGGUGGACGGAGAGCAGGCCGAGGUGUGGAGGAGACACAGGGUAUAUGAAGAACAGUCCACCUGUGAUGGGCUUCCUAGGGAGGUGCUGCGUAGACAGGUUCAAGACGCGUUUGUGCAGGACGACACUUUGAAACUAAGGGGAAAACACUGAAGGCAAGCCUGAAAACAAGCUUCAGCAGUGACUGGUGGGAUGAGCAGACAGGCUCUGCUCCAUGCCCAUUGUCUUCAGCUGACCUUCUAAAAUGACCAGUCUACUGUCAAAGCAACGACAACCACCCUUUUCCUCCCAGAACAGCUAGCUUUGAUCGUCAUAUGUAGUGCAAUGGGAUUAUUUUCAAUUAUUAAUCAUAAUAUGGUUAUACUAUCCAUGCCUUUAUAAAAGAAUUGGAGGUUGAGUUUUUAUCCCUCUGUAUAUUCCAGCAGUUCCCUCCUGUCCAUAAGCCUGAAUAUUUCUCAAGCAUCUGUGUUUCAUUGCCAAUGGUAUUAUUGCUAUAAAUUUGCUUAUAAUGUAGCUCUUCAUGUGUGAAAGUGUUGACAGUGUCAACAAUUAAAAUAUGUAAUUGCAGCAGUUGGUUUUGACUAAGCAAGGAUUCAAUAAAGUAUAACACAUUUGCUGAACUAAGUUUGGAAUUCGCACACUUAGAUGUGGCACUGCCCAUCUGCCCAUUUUGUAUCGCUGGCCUGAAUUUUAAUGAAUAAAAUUUUCCGAAAUACAAGGGAGAAAAAUUUAUUAAACAUAAUGUUAGAUUUAUUAUAGUGUUACUUGCUAAGAUGAGUUAGUAGUCUCUUUUUGAAAGAAAUCACACUAUAGAACUCUUACAAUGCAACAUUGAACAACAUAGUGGCCUUAGAAAGAUACUGCCUGUUGUAUAUGUAAAACUACAUAGUCAAGACAUGUAAGGUACAUUGGUUUUCAAGAAUUUAUCAGUUUGUUUUUCUAAAUUGAAUUGAAGUUUUGUAAGUUUUUUUUUAAACAACUAUGUGUAUUUGCAGGGUUUUUGACAUAAUUGUGAAUUUGUUAAGCUGUAUAUAAAGUAACUGGGUUUCAGGUAUGUCAUUUAAAUGCUGAGUAACAGUUAUUUAUAUACAGGUGCUCCUUGGCUUGAUGGGAUUACGUUUCGAUGAAGUGGAAAAUAUUGUAAGCAAAUAUAAGUACUGUCAUUGAAUAAGUAAAUAAUUACUGUAACUAAAUACCAGUAAGCAAAUAAGUGGAUACAAGUUGAAACAAUAUGUACAAUAUGUUAAACAUUGUAUGAGAUGUUUAUGGUCGAGAUCACUACAGAGACUGAAAGCAUGAUUCAAUGGAUGUUGCUGUCACCUGGUGUUAGUAGAGUGAAUUGUACAGCAUAUUGCUAGCCUGAGAACUGAUCAAAAUUCAAAGUUGACUACUGAAUGUACAUUACUGUUGCACCAUUGUGAAGUUGAAAUAUUCUAAGUUGUACCACUGUAAAGCGAAGACCAUCUGUACGUUAUCUAGUAAACUACAUAGUAUGUGAUUAGUAUGUAAUAUUCAUCAAAAUGUAUUAGAAUUCUUGUGUCAGAAGGUUUUCAUCCUGUGUUUUAUAUAUAAUUUUCCAGAGAUAAAAAAUAGACCCCGUUUGUUUCUAUGGAUAAAACUUGAAAUAGGGUUGAUGCUGGGGCUGAACCCUACUGAAGAACAAUUUAGUGGGAGUCCUCUUUUGUACUUCAGAAAUCUGUACCUAUUAAGUACAGUUAUAUUCCCUCAAUGACAAAAAUGUACUUUUCCAAUAGAUACUAAUAUGUCCCUUAAAUGGUGCUGCCCCAGCAACAACUCGUUUUGGACAUCCAUGUGGCAGAAAUGAAAUAACCAGACAUACAGUGGAAAUCUUUCUUUACAGUUUAUUUCUAUAAGUGCCAUAUGUUAAAAAUAGAACUUCUGUUUGUCUUGUACAAUAAAUAAUUCAUAAACAACGCAUUAAUAAAAGCAAACUUUUUGUAAAUUCUAA